AUGGAAACGGACGACUGGGGUUUUAGCGCGGAGGAGCUUGAUUCCCUUGAAAAGGAUGCUCUCAAUCGGAUCGCUCAACGGAAUGCCACCACCGCAACCGCAACCGCAACCGCCACCACCACGACCACCACCGCCGCCAGUACGAGUACCAGGGCUCAUGCCCCUUCAACGUUUUAUCAUGGCUCUCAUGCACGCCCGAUACCUUCGCCUGUCAAACCAGUCUUUGAGUCUCGUCACGCCCACAAGGUAAAUUCUUUGUCAACUGCUUCAGCAAAUCCAUCAGCAGGCACUACACGAAAGGUAUCAGGAGAUGAUACUUCAAAGACUCGUUCCAUUAAGUUUUUUCUACAUGCGAGUGGAAACGUUGCUGCAAAAUUUGCAUAUGACCAGGUACUUGUGGGAGCAUUACGUAAGGUCCCAAAAGCAACAUGGAACGCAAAAGAAAGAUUGUGGAUCUUUCCUUUAUUAUCUUUACCAUCAGCAGAAAAAUUUAUUGGUGAAUUAUCUGGUUCCAACAUUGAGGUGGAAACUCUAGAUCCAUUGUUGCACCGUGCUAUUGCUGCUGCCUCUAUUGUUCCAGAUCUUCAAGAUCGCUAUGACUCGAUGCCUGAUAGCAUAAAAUCAAAGCUAUUGCCAUUUCAGCGAGACGGUGUCAGGUUUAUAUUGCAGCAUGGAGGGCGUGUUCUUCUGGCUGAUGAAAUGGGCCUUGGAAAAACUCUUCAGGCGAUUGCUGUAGCCUCUUGUGUUCGUGACUCAUGGCCUGUUCUUGUUCUUACUCCAUCUUCAUUACGGCUUCAAUGGGCUUCUAUGAUUCAACAAUGGCUAGACAUCGCCUCCUCCGAUAUACACGUGGUUUUGUCUAGUUACAAUGGGUCAAACAAGGGUGGGUUCACAAUAACGCGAUCAAACACCAAAGGAGAUAUAAGUCUUGAUGGAAUGUUCAACAUUGUGUCAUAUGAUGUCGUGCCCAAGAUUCAAGGGAGUCUCAUGAGUUCAAAUUUUAAGUUUGUGAUUGCGGAUGAGUCGCACUUCUUGAAGAAUGCCCAAGCCAAGCGAACUACGGCAUCUCUUCCUUUAUUACAGAAAGCUCGAUACUUAAUGUUGCUUAGUGGGACUCCUGCUUUAUCUCGACCGAUUGAGCUGUUCAAACAGCUUGAAGCACUGUAUCCUACGGUAUAUAAGAAUGUUCAUGAAUAUGGCAACAGAUAUUGCCUGGGUGGUCAUUUUGGAAUGUAUCAAGGUGCAAGUAAUCAUGAAGAACUGCACAACUUGAUGAAAGCAACUGUGAUGAUUCGAAGACUCAAAAAAGACGUUCUCUCUGAGCUACCUGUCAAGCGCAGGCAACAGGUUUUUCUGGACUUGGCAGACAAGGACAUGAGGCAAAUUAAUGCUUUAUUCUGUGAGUUGGACGUUAUAAAAAACAAAAUCAAGGCCUGCAAGUCCAAAGAGGAAGGCGAGUCGCUUAAGCUUAAUGAGAAGCAAAUCAUAAAUAAGAUCUAUACAGAAUCCGCGGAAGCCAAAAUCCCUGCUGUUCUGGAUUACCUGGGAACUGUCAUUGAGGCGGGGUGCAAGUUUAUAGUGUUUGCUCAUCAUCAGUCAAUGAUUGAUUCAAUACAUCAACUUCUUCUUAAAAAGAAGGUUGGUUGUAUUCGGAUAGAUGGUGGUACUUCAGCAGGAUCAAGACAAUCCUUAGUCACAGAUUUCCAGGAAAAAGAUGCCAUAAAAGCAGCAGUGCUAUCUAUCAAAGCUGGUGGUGUUGGGUUAACUUUAACAGCAGCAAGCACAGUAAUAUUUGCAGAGCUUUCUUGGACACCAGGGGACAUGAUUCAAGCUGAAGACCGUGCUCACAGAAUUGGACAGGUAUCAUCAGUGAAUGUAUACUACCUCCUGGCAAGUGACACAGUCGAUGACAUCAUAUGGGAUGUUGUGCAAAGCAAGUUAGAAAAUCUGGGACAGAUGCUGGAUGGGCAUGAGAAUACACUGAAAGUUUCAAAUAAUAAUACUAAUAACCAGCAGCAGCCAACAAGGAUGAUUGGUAGUAGCAGUAGCCCUUCAAAACAGAAAACACUGGACUCAUUUGUGAAGCGUUGUAGUUCACACAAUGCGGAGGCAGACUCCAACCACAAACAUCCCAGGCAUUGA